AUGAGUGAACUCAAGACGUCUGCGUCCCCUCACGAUGAUAAUGCCUCGAGCAGUGGGGUUUCAUACUCCAAACCCGUGAACGGCACUUCUGUUCGUCCCGACGCUUCUUCCGUGACCACCGAGAGCUCCAAGGGUAGUAAAGGGAAGAGAAGAAGUAAAUAUCGCCAUGUCGCAGCGUAUCACUCGGAGGUGCGACAUUCGAGCCUGAGUCGUGAUUCCGAUGCCUCGACCAGCUUCCUAGGGUUCCGGAACCUCAUGGUCAUCGUUCUAGUGGCGAUGAACCUUCGAUUGAUUAUUGAAAACUUCAUGAAAUACGGAGUUCUCAUUUGUAUCAAAUGCCACGAUUAUCGAAAACAGGAUGUCGUGCUGGGCACCAUGCUCUUCUCAUUGGUCCCCUGCCAAUUGUUCAUCGCCUACGUUCUUGAAUUGGCUGCCGCUGGACGAGCUAAGCAGACCGUCGGACGAAAGAAGAAGGACGGGUCAGCCGACGGAGACGAGCGAGACCAGCGCGCGUUUCGCACCAUCUGGCGAUUUGCAUUAUUCUUCCAUAUCGUGAACGCUCUACUUAAUCUCGCCGUGACCAGCUUUGUCGUCUACUACUACAUCCAUCAUCCCGGAAUUGGCACCGUCUGCGAAGUCCACGCGCUCAUCGUUGCGCUCAAAAAUUGGUCCUAUGCCUUCACCAACCGCGACCUCCGCGAGGCGAUGCUCCAUCCGUCGGCGGAGUCGGCCAUCCCCGAUUUAUACUCAUCCCUUCCCUAUCCCAGGAACAUCACUCUGGGCAACCUGACGUACUUUUGGCUCGCACCGACAUUGGUCUACCAGCCGGUCUAUCCCCGGUCGCCGCGCAUCCGCUGGUCCUUUGUCGCCAAACGUAUGUUCGAAUUCGUCGGCCUCUCCGUGUUUAUCUGGCUUCUCUCCGCCCAGUAUGCUGCCCCGGUACUUCGAAACUCGAUUGAAAAGAUCGCCGUGAUGGAUAUCGCGUCAAUUCUGGAGCGGGUCAUGAAACUGUCCACGAUCUCUCUCGUCAUCUGGCUUGCUGGGUUCUUCGCCCUUUUCCAGUCUUUCUUGAAUGCAUUGGCGGAGAUUAUGCGAUUUGGCGACCGCGAGUUCUACACGGAUUGGUGGAACAGCUCGAGUCUUGGUGCUUACUGGCGGUCAUGGAACCGGCCUGUGUACCUCUUCAUGAAGCGACACGUGUUUUCUCCCAUGGUUGGAAGGGGGUACAGUCCUUUUGCGGCAAGCGUGGUUGUCUUUACGCUCUCCGCUCUUUUACAUGAAUUACUUGUGGGCAUUCCCACCCACAAUGUCAUUGGCGUCGCACUUGCCGGGAUGUUGUUUCAGCUGCCACUGAUCGCCAUCACCGCUCCAAUGGAGAAGAUGAAGGAUCCACUGGGUAAGGUUAUCGGGAACUCCAUCUUCUGGGUGAGUUUUUGCCUUGUAGGGCAGCCUCUGGGGGCACUGCUGUACUUCUUUGCCUGGCAGGCGAAAUACGGCAGUGUGAGUAGGAUGUAA